AUGGAGUUCAAAUAUUUCUCCGAAUUCUUGGUGGAAUGGAUAAAAGUGAAGAAAUUAAGGAGUUUGGGGGAUUAUCACAAAAUAUGGGAUGAUGUGAGGGCCAUAUUGGACGAAAUGGUUAAAGCCAUAAACCCUGAUCUUUCAAUGUUAAAUCAACUAUGUUCAGGGGAGGUAACAGGGGAACAAGGGACUAGAACCAACAGGGACAAGAAUUUAUGUAAAGCUCUAGUGAAAAUGUUAUUAUAUAUAGAUGGAGUAAAAAUUGGACCAUACCAUAGUUUGAAACCUUUGGAAGAAAUAAAAGAUGAGGAAUAUGAAAAGAAGAUGAAGGCCUAUUUUAGGUGUGUAGUAGGAAGAGUAAGUAUGAUAAAAUGGUUCGGAAGCCACUGUAGUUUAGGGAAAGUAGAAGAAGAUGUCCUACAAUCUGAGGAAGCCGUAAUGAAGUUAAGUGGAGGGAAGGGAGGACAUACGAAAUGUGAAGGAUUAGAGUUUAAUGAUUUAAGAAUUGGUCAAAGAUAUAUUUGGCAAGAAAUAGAAGACUGGGCAAAGAAAAAUACAAAUCUCAUGGAAGGAAUAACGAGAAUAAUGAAUGAAGGCAAAAGUUGUCCACAAGAUAAGAGUGCCCAGGAGACCCAGGAUAAACACAAAAAAGAAAAGGAAGAAAGAAUAAAGAAAAUAUUUGGGGUAGAUAGUGAAGAACAUUUGAAGGAGUUAGUUAAUAAUACUGAUAACUUGCCAAAGGACGAAUUAGUAAAUGUGUUAAAGGAAGUAGGCGUCGAUAAGGGUACAGUAGAAAUAUUGAGGAAAAUAAGUAAAAUAUGGGACGAAAAAAUUCAAAAGGCUCAAGAGAAAAUGGCAGCGAAGGCUGCACCAGCACCAUCUGCCCCAGAUGAGGACUGUAAGACUAAAGAUAAAUUAUGUGAACGUGCAAAUUGUGUAACUAAGAAAUGGUUUAAAAACAGAAUAGGAGGAGGCGGAGGUUCGAAGCAAGACUGGUGUACAUUUUGGGGGCCGAACGACGUUGGAAAAGUAUUAGAGGGCCUGUCUACUGCUAUGACCCAUGAUAAAACGGGAGACGACGGUAUAUGCAAAGACGUUGGGAAGACAGAUGGUACACAACAUAGGGAAGCAAACAGGAAAGCUUGUGAAUACAUUGUUAAAGGGUUAAAACAUAUAUAUAAUUCUCAGAAACAUGGAACCCCGGAACAACAGAAGAAUAACCAACAAUUUGAUCGAACUAUGGGCUGCAUUCUAUUAAAUGCUUAUGCAGAUAAAUUGGAAGAAGAGGCGAAAAAAAAAACACCUAAAUGUGAUGUAAAGAAUGGUAUAAACCAUGCCUUUAAUAAGAAUGAAGAAAUUAAGAAAGGAACUGCAUGCCAGAAAGAUUCUAAUUGUAUACUAUGCGCAAGAGACCCAAACUAUAAAAAUUGCACAUUAAGCGUGGAGAAAAACCUAUGGGAAGAAAAAUCUAAUUGCCAAGAGAACAAAGAGAAUGUACAAAAAAAAGUGGAAGAAUUACUUGAGAAGGAUAGCAGAGUAAAACGAACUCUGAAGAGCAUAUGCAGAGAUUGCACCCAGAAGGAUAAAACCUUAUGUCAACGUUUGGAGUGCAUAGCACAUAAUUGGUUCGAGGACAGAAUAGGUCCCACCGAAAACAAGCAGACCUGGUGCACAUUUUGGAAUACGGAUGCGAAAAAUAGGCUGAAGGGAAUAUCUGAAAAAAUGUUGGCGGGAGCCGCAGCCAUGGAUUCACUGUGCAAAUCCUCUGAUGGAAAGACCACUACACUGAAUGCAGCAGGGAAAAAAACAUGUCAAUACAUAUUUUCUGGGUUAAAGUACAUUUAUGAAGUUAAGGAGAAUACGAAAGAGAAGAACAAGAAGAAAGCAAGGAAUUUUAGACUAACAGAUCAAACCAUGUAUUGCCUAUUCCUAAACGCAUAUGCAGAUCUCCUCAUAGAGAAAACAAAGGGACAAGUCUGUCCCAUCUUAGAAGAAGAAAUAAAAGACAUGUUCAAUGAAGGAAAUAAGAACAGGGAUAAUUGGUGUGAAGAAAAGAAGAAUGGUAAAGGUGGUGAUUGUGUGCCUUGCACAAGGGACACGAGCUAUGCAAAGUGCGAACUAAGCGUGGAUAAUGACCUAUGGGAUAAAAAUAGUAACUGCCAAGAGAACAAAGAUAAUGUAGAAAAAAAAGUGGAUGAUCUGCUAGACACAAGUCAAAAGACGGAACCAAAAGUAAAGGAAGCUGUGAAUGCUAUAAAUGAUAUAAAUAAGAACAAUAACUUAUGUGAUCGUGUAAAGUGUAUAUACUAUAGGUGGGGUGAAAACAGGAAAUACAAUGGAACGUAUCAAGACUGGGAUCUCUUCUGGGACGCCGAUGUUAAGAACAGAUUGAAUGAACUGUUUGAGAAAAUAGUGGCGGCGAAAGACGAAACCAUCGAUGCUCAUUGCAAUAGCACUGAUGAGAAGAACACUACACUGAAUGAAGCACAGAAGAAGGCAUGUGAAUACAUUGUUAAAGGAUUAAAACAUAUAUAUAAAAUUCCAAAGGGAACAGACGGGACGGAUCAACAGAAGAUAGACGAUAACCUCAUAUUCCACCGAACUUUCUCUUGUAUGUUAUUGAAUAUAUUCGCUGAUGAAAUGGAAACCAAAUGUUCAGCCAACAAGAAGGCUGACAUAGAAAAAGGCAUAACUCAUGCCUUUCAGCAGAGUGAUAAAAUUAAGAAGGACAUAUCCCCAUGCAAGACUGAAGGUGAUUUGUGUCCUUUGUGCACUCAGGAUAAUAGCUAUAAAGAUUGCAAAAUACAGAAAUCAGACGGGGAUACAAUAAAAAAAAGAUUCGACGAGAUGCUGGAUCCAAAGCAGAACAUGGAACCAAAAGUUAAACAAGUUCUGAAAGCAAUAACUGACAUAUGUCCAAAACCUGCUGCUACUAAACCACCAACAACAUCAUCAACAGAACGUCGAGGUAGGUCUGAAUCAUCAGGUGAGUCAGAACCAGCAAAGUCCCCACCAGCAUCUGCACCAGCGGAACCUUCUAAAGACAGUCCAACUCCCUCAGUUCAGCCAGGUAAGACAGGAACUGUAGAUUGUAAGGGUGGAGUAGUGCAAGGUGGUGAAAACGCAGCUCUUCAGUGUCUUCCUCCGGACGAUGAUACUAGCGUUCAAACGUGUAUUGGUGGAAAUUGUAACUUACAGGAUGAUAUCCUGAAAAAAGGAACAUUCUCCGAUACUGGAAUCGCUGCAACCACGAAUGUUAUUGACGCAACCACUAUUACUACCUCAGGUCCAGGUGCAGGUCCUACAAUUGACCAAGAUCCAGGAUCUGCCAAACCUGGGCAGGGUGUUGUAACAGGUUCGGGUUCCCAGACUCCAAGCACAGGAACAGACACCCAAACUCCCUCCGCCAUUCCAUCAAUUCCCACUUCAGCAAGUGGAAGUCCAGGUCCUGAACAGAAAGGUUCCUCCGGACCCGGUAGUACUGGAACCUGGAAUCCAGGUUCUUCCGGUUCCGGUUCUAUUGGAACCUGGAACCCAGGUUCUUCUGGUACUGGUAAUUCAACUGGUAAUCAAAACACUGGUAGUCCAAGACCUGGUGGUAGUGGAUCUGCUAGUGCUAGUCCACCGGGUGGUCUACCACCAGGCAAACCACAAGGACCACCACAACAGGGUGGUAACAAACCCCAAGGUCCACCACCACCAGGCAAACCACAGAGUCCACCGCAAACAACACAUGGAACAACAGCAUCGUCAUCUGAAGUUGCUACUACCAAGGCAGCAGGUGGUGGGAGGGGGGAUGCCGGAGCCACCUUUCCUGUUCCAUUCCCAAUCAGUAACCCCAUAGAUCAUUCUGAUCUUACCCCGUACCUCCCUACAAUUCCUACCACCAUUGGAAUCAUCACCAUGUCCUACUUACUUUGGAAGUAUUUUUUCUUUCGUGGUAAAAGAAGAAAACGUCACACAAGGGCUCAUCAAGUAUCUGGUCGCCCUUCCCUAGAAGAACAUCUCCUUGAUCAUGUGGAACAGCAGGAUGGUCCUCAUGAGUAUACCUUAGUAAAGGAACGAAAACCAAGAUCUGUUCCAACGGGAAGAACGAAGAGCCCAAAAAAACAGGGCGUUGAUCACCGUGCUGGUCGUCGUGGUGUGGGUCACCGAACCAUUAUUGAUAUUCAUUUAGAAGUCUUAGACGAAUGUCAAAAAGGGGACCUACAUUCGACGAAGGAAAACUUUUUUGAAAUUUUGGUUCAAGAAUUCAUGGGAAGCGAAUUUAUAAAAGAAGAAAAGUUUCCGGAGGAACAAGUUUCUAUGGUUGAUAUUCCUAAGGAACAGGUUCCAAGUUCAGAUUUCGGGUUUAGGGAGGAAGAUUUUGUUCCAACAGAAGGUGUUCCUAAGCAACGGGUUCAGUGUUCAGAUUCCGCGAUUAGGGUGGAAGAGUUUGUUCCUAAGGAAAAGGUUGCAAGUUCAGAUUUCGGGUUUAGGGAGAAAAACUUAGUUUCUAUGGAACUGGUUCCAAGUUCAGUUUCUGGCUUCGGGUUUAGGGAGGAAGACUUUGUUCCAAAGGAAGAGGUUCCGGGGGAACAGGUUCCAUGUUCAGAUUCCGGGUUUAGGGAGGAAAGCCUUUGUUACUAA